GGUAGAGAGAGAGAGAGAGAGAGAGGGAGAGAGAGAGAAGAGAGAGAAAGAGAGAGAAUAGAGAGUUUCUCCUCCAUUCAUGGCACCGAGGAAGCGCAAGGGUGGAGCUGCGGCCCCAGGAGAGGAGGAGAAACCACCCACGGUCGCCACCAAAACCACCACCGUCGCCGCCGCCGCCGUCUCGACAAGGGUGACCCGUAGCUCGACGAGGGGGCCCUCCGCUGGUGGCCCGAGCUCCAACUCAGUGCCCAAGCCGCCGGCGGCCAAGAAAGCCAAGGGGGGUGGGAGGAAGAAGAAGAAGGCGACGAAGGAGGAGGAGAGUGUCGCCGGAGAAGCCGAGGGUGGCGACGGGGAGGACCGGGAGGAAGAGGUAGCUGAAGACGGAGAAGUGGAGCAAGCGGAGGCUGGCGGAGCUCUGGACUCCAAGGCCAAGACCGUCGUCAUCGAGCACUGCAAACAAUGCAAUUCCUUCAAAACAAGGGCUAUUCAAGUGAAGAAUGGCUUGGAGAAAGGUGUGCCUGGCAUCAUUGUUGUGGUCAACCCAGAUAAGCCUAGAAGAGGUUGCUUUGAAAUACGAGAGGAAGGUGGUGAAAUAUUCAUCAGCCUAUUGGACAUGAAACGACCAUUUGGUCCCAUGAAGGCUCUUGACAUGGACGAGGUGAUAUUGGACAUAAUCCACAAGGUCAAAGCUUGAAGUAACUUUGCUUAAGAGGGAAUUUUGUCUAUACGGAGGAUUUCACCCUGGCUCUUUUUGAUCAGCAGCAAUUGACCCUUAAUUUGAUGCGCCAUGGAGGGCAUGGAUAGAACUGCUAGGAUAGUUACUAGUCAGGAAAUUACCAACUUGAGGUUGAGACUCUGCUUUACUUGCAUCAAUCUUACGAGGAAACUUGUCCUUCAUUUCUCCUCAAACUCUCUUAGAUAGUUGAGAUAUUUGGGCCUUCUCCUUAAUUGAUUGUGGAUGUCUUCUGAUCCUAAUCUCUUUCCUUGUGGUUUGCUUGGAAAGUUGAAAGCUGGCCUCCUCACUUUAAAUGC